AAAUUAAUUGCAGAGCAGGUUGAAAUGUAAAUAUGGAAUGGUAAGAGUUAAAGGUCUUCUGCUCUGCUCUGCUUAGGUACCUCUCAGUCAUUUAUCCAUGCCCGAAUGAAUUGGCCAUAGCGGAUUUCGAUUCACUAUUCAUUUUUUCCGAUAAACGCCCUCUAAAUGUGCACAUUCUGAUUCUUGCUCUGAGUUGGUUUAACUGAUUGAAUGAAUCUCUGUGGGGCAAAUUUGAAGGAAAUGGCGGUGGAGAUGUUGGAUUUCAGGAAUGUGAAGGAACGAGAAGUGCAUGAGGCAGCGUCUGCAACGAUAGAAAGUGUGCAAAAUCUCAUACAUUUGCUGUCCCAACAGCAGAAAAAUCUGGCACAGAGUAAUGAUAACAAGGAGGAGAAUGAGGAGGAAAUGAAUUGUGGGUCUAGUGCAAACAGAUUCAAGAAGGCUGCUUCCAUGUUGGGGAAUUUCAGAGGCCAUGCCCGAUUCAGAAAAGCCCCAGCUGGGCCAAUGCCCUCUUCUGUAGAAUCUCUUGUUCCAAAGCUUAAUACUCCUGAAACAGAGCAAUGCAAGAAGGAUUUCCAUUAUGAUGAGGGUUUUAGAAGCUCUUUAUACUAUCCCACCACCACAACUAGUUCUGCUCCUCCUUUGGUUCAGAAUAAUGGAGCCCCAUAUCCUUCCCAUGGGCUGCAAAUGAAUCAUAUGGAUAGUAAAACAGAUUACGGCGCUAAUGGUUUUAGUGUUGUGGGCAAGGAAUCCGUGACCUCUUUGUGUUCUCCCAAUUCUUCAUCUUUGACUGCUGCAGGAGUCGAUCCCUGCACCAGUAAUAAAACAUCUUGUGUUCUGAUUGAAUCCUUGGCUGCAUCAGCUCGGCCUCCAUGGUCGUCUGUCAAAAAAUCCUGCUCUCAUACUAAAUCAGACGACAAAUGUGCCGCCACUGGAAGAUGUCACUGCUCCAAGCGCAAGAAAUCAAGGGUAAGAAGAACAUUAAGGGUGCCUGCAAUUAGUCUGAAAAUGGCGGACAUUCCAUCAGAUGAAUUCUCAUGGAGGAAAUAUGGGCAGAAGCCCAUUAAGGGCUCUCCACAUCCAAGAGGGUAUUACAAGUGCAGCACAAUGAGAGGGUGCCCUGCAAGAAAGCAUGUAGAAAGAGCUUUGGAUGAUCCAAAUGUAUUACUUGUGACAUAUGAAGGAGAGCACCACCAUUCUCAGUCACAGACUAUGUCUGAAAGCACAGGCCUAGUUGUGGAUCCAUAGUUCAAUUCAAUAUUAGAUCUAGAUUUCUAGAAUACAUAAAUCUUGCAAUAUCUAUGAAGAACAGUGUACUGAGACAUAUUAGUCACGGAUGGUAAUAUUAUUAAUUUUAACAGCAUUCUCCAAUUUUUUUUUCAAUGUGGAGAUUAAGCAAGGAAAAAUCUUAUACAGUGGAGACUAUUGCUUAUAACAGAAUCCUAUCUUGUCUAA